AUGAGUUUCUACACAAUGCGUCCUGUGACAUCAUCCGCCACCCUCCUCCUUCGGGCAAAGCCCUCGGUUGGACCUCUGCGUACCUUCUCAUCAUACGGCAACGCCCUUUCCUCGAAGCGGGACAUGCAAACUGCCACAGCCUACCGCCCACACACACUUCCUUCCUCUUUCCCGCCGCCUCGAAGCAGCGGUGGCGCCGACACCUCAAUCUCAGCAGAAUUCCCUCUUCCCGAAUCACAGCCCACCCAGCGAACAUCACAAAACACACCUAGUCUGAGUGUACGGGAAGGGGAAGCGCAAAAGUCGAAAACGAGCUUUUCCGCUUCUCCGGCCGCCCCCAAGACUUCCCCGAAGCCCCGUCGGCCACUUCGGCCAAGGAAGGCAGCCAUGAAAUUGUCCGCCGUGGCCACCGAGCAACUCCGGAAAUUGAUGGCUCAGCCUGAACCGAAAUUCAUUCGGGUCGGUGUGAAGAACCGUGGCUGCUCCGGCCUUGCUUACCACCUCGAAUACGUGGAACAACCGGGAAAGUUCGACGAGGUCGUCGAACAAGAUGGUGUCAAGGUUUUGAUCGACAGCAAGGCACUCUUCAGUAUCAUUGGCAGUGAAAUGGACUGGCAUGAGGACAAGCUGAGCAGACGAUUUGUUUUCCGCAACCCCAACAUCAACACACCAUCCCUGCAUGGAAACACACCCACCAUGUCCUCACACUUCGCUUCAUAUACAAGCGAGCAAGGAUACCCACUCCUCAUCGCCGUGCGCUUCUCCGCCUCAAUCCCCGACCUCCGACUGGAUGUCCCAGAACCCGAGACCACAACAGGCGCAGGCCUCAAACAACUAAUCCGCGCCGAGCUCCCCAAAGACCUCUCAACUCACCGUCUGCGUCUCAUCUAUGCCGGCCGCGGCUUAGAGGACACAGCCGCUUUAACUGUCUCACUCAAGCUCCCCACCCCGCCUCGAAGCUCCCCCGCACCGGAAGACAAUGGAAAAGGCAAGCAGGCAGUGCACGAUGACCGUCCACGUAUCUACAUCCACUGCUCAAUCGGAGACAUCGCACUCUCAGAAACAGACCUAGCCAACGAAGCAAGCGUGUCAUCAACGCUGCAACGAAAGAGCACAGCCACACCGAUCGAUGAAGCAGAUGAGCGUUCACCACUCGUGUCCCAUGAGCCACAGACAACCCCUGCACCGCGGGGCUUUGAUCGCCUUCUCGCGGCUGGAUUUACGGCCACGGAGGUUACGGCCUUGCGCUCGCAGUUCUUGGCUAUGCAGUCUGUUUCUCGGACGCGGGAUACCAUGCCUAGUGGGGAACAGUUGAGGGAACUUGAGGAUCGGUGGAUGGAUGAAGGGUCUACGGCCGUGCAGGUGGUUGAGGGGGAUGAUAAUGGGGGCAUUGGAUCUGGGUCACAGGGAGCUAUGGAUGAUAUGCUGUGGGGGGCUGUGAUGGGGUUCUUCUGGCCUAUUGGUUGUGCCAUGUGGUUGAGGAGGGAGGAGGGGGUUUGGAGUUGGAGGAAGGGGGUUGCUAUUUCUAUAGGCGUUGCAGUGAAUGCAGCAUUUGGGGCGAUGAGGAUUAUGGGGUAG